AUGGCUUUGGUUCGCGUCACCAAUGUCGAGGUUUUGAACAACCAGGCCACCUUCCGGGACCCCCUGUCCUUUGAAAUCACUUUUGAAUCGCAGACUGAACUUCCUGACGAUACGGAAUGGAAGAUUAUCUACGUCGGCUCUGCCGAGUCAGAGAGCUUUGAUCAGGAGCUCGAUUCGGUCCUUGUUGGUCCCGUGCCACAAGGCUCACUCAAAUUCGUCUUUCAGGUCGAUGCGCCUGAUCCUGCCAAGAUUCCACACAAUGAGCUGCUCGGUGUCACCGUGGUCUUGAUUACUGGCGCCUAUCGGGGGCAAGAAUUCAUUCGGAUAGGAUACUACGUCAAUGUCGAGUAUUCUGACCCCGAACUGCAGCAGGAACCCCCCAUGCCGGCCCGCAUCGACCUGCUCAAUCGCAACAUCCUGGCCUCCAAUCCUCGCGUGACCCGGUUUGCGAUUCGUUGGGACGAUGCGGCCCCAGAGGAGCAUCCACCCAACAUGGACGAGAAUGAGGCCGACGCCGCCGGGGAUUCAAUGGGCUUGGAUGAGCUUGGUGGUGAUGAGGGUGAUGCCAUGGACGUGGACGAUGAUGACGAGGAGGAGGAAGAGGAUGGCCCGGACGAGGGCGAGUAUGACAUUUGAUUGGCCGCUGCCUAACGAAGCGUUUUGGUUCUUGAGUUUUGGCGACGACCCAUCCGACCCACCUGUAUUUUGUUGGUUCUUUUGGCGUCUUUGUUUGUACGAGUCAACCUGGGAUAGACUUGACGGCCGUGCCGAUUGCUUUGCCCCCACUGUUGGUGGCAGCUUGCUUGUCCCCGUUGUCCUUUGCCUGCCAGAACUCGCUUGCUCCUUUGUCGCUGAUCCAGCUAUCACCGAGCUGGCGCUCGGCGACUCUUC